UGCUUGGAGUGACUACUUUUUCAGGCUGUCCUCAUCAGUUCUUGAAUGCGAUUACAACAGUGAAGAAUAACAUUUGUGAGUGGUGAAUUUUAGGUCCAAGAUGGUCUAGUUCCGCAAUCUUUCCCGCACCUCGUGUGCUGUACACCAAGCACAAUGAAGUCGUUCAUCAUGUUUUCGCCCAGUGCCCGCCCGAUCGGUGCCCUAAUACAAGAAUCAACCCUCAACCGAACCAUACCCGACUCGACUUUGACCACCCGCCCAUCAUUGAACAGCCAACAUGUUUUCUAUGAUGGAAAUGGAUCUUCAGGAGUUCGGGGACUUCCCCGAUCUCUUUUCCAAUGAUCUCCUGGUAGAUGCUAUCCAGGAUACGACCGGCGAUGCGGCUUGUUACCACGACCCACUAGCCGGGCCGGUCAACAUCAAUCAACAAGAUGAAGACAUCCAAGCGAUCAAGAAAGAAAAUAACAUCUUCCAUGACUUUCUCGCAUUCGCCCAAGAAGUCAAUGCCCAGCAAAUUCAAGAGACUCCUACCACUCCCUCAUGGUCCGACUCCGAGGCCGUUUCUGGUCCGGUUUCACCGUCCUACAGUACCAGCUCCGGUUUUGGAGACGAGGAUGUGGCCAUGAAUGUAAACGACACUCAAACUCUCAUCUCUGAGAUGGAAGAGUUUCUCGUGGCUCAUGAGACCCAAAGUGUUGAUAACUCCCUGGAUUCCUCGGUGGAUUCGCUCAGUCCCAAAGUCGGAAAUGAUCGUAUCCUGGACGACUUGAUGACCGGAAAUGUUACCGUGGACUUCAAGGAGAGCCAGAACAACACCAGCGUUCUUAAAGGGAUCGAGCAAAGUCUGAGUGGAUGCAUGAGCAUCAACAACAUUUCGGAGAUCAUCACCGAGGACGGCCAAAAGAUCGUGAUCGUCAUUGCCAAUGACUCGUUUGACAAUGUUCCAUCUCCAUCAGGGAACACUCUCACGGAUCAAAGCGCCCCCAGCCCUGUCCCAUUGUCCAUGCUCGCUCCAUCGCCACAAUCGUCGUACGCCAGUCCAUCCCCGGCUUCCACGUUCAGUGACGAUACCGCCGAUUCAGAUUGGUCGCCAUCCACGAAUGACGAGGCUCCCGGCAAGCAAGUUCGUAAGACCAUUGGAGCUCGUGCCGCCAAACGGGGCCCUUACAAGAGAUCCACUCACAGCACCAACAUCAAAGACAAGAAGGAGCGCAAGAAGCUUCAAAACGUGGAAGCGGCCAGACGAUAUCGUGACAAAAAGAAGAACGAGCAAUCCACCAUUGAAACCGAGGAGAGCAUCCUCGAGAAAAGAAACUUGACCCUCCAAGGCAAGGUCUCCGAUAUCGAGAGUGAGAUCAAGACUCUGAAGAAACUCAUGGUUGAGCUUGGCUUGAUCAAAGUCGAAUGACUUCGAUAUCCGUGUUCUUUACCCGUGAAUACUCAUGAAGCUUGAUUACUUGGAUGUUUAAUCUAUUUAUUGAUGUUAGAAAAGUAAGGAUCCUAUCCCACCCCCUCUCCUGAUUUCGAUGUGUUUGCUAAUGAUUUGCCAAAAAACGAAACGUUGUGGCUUAGUUCUACGCUUAGUUUUGAACAUCGUUUUGGAUUUGGAAAGUCCCUUAGAAAACACAUCAAGGUCAGGUUCUCUGAAGAUCUUAAACCGAAACUUUGGCUCUCUUGAAAAUGAAGGAAGGUCUUGGAUUUUAGACCGACUGGAUGAAAACGACAUGCAAGGAGGAGCUUCAUGUGUAACGACCUUGUCCACCCCACAUUCUAUUCUUGUGUCAUAGUGAGAAAGACCCUGUUUCAAGCACUUCAAACAUUUCUAAUUUCUUAUCAAAACCAGACAUAGUUGUAAAAACGAGAAGAUGUUUAGAGCCACAACUCACGAUUUACCCCCACUAUUCUCUACAUGUACAAAUUCAUGAUUUUAACCAAUAAAACACUUUGUCAACUGUA